GACAAACGGACGUUUAACUCCACACACACCCUCAUUACUUUCUCUCUCUAGAUUGGACGUUGAACCUACUCGCACUCUCUCUCCCCCUACGCACACGCUCUUUUCGUGUCCUCUCUCUCUCUCUCUCUCUCUCUCUCUCUGUGUCUGUGUGUCUAAAGUAUAGAUCUUCUUUUACUAGCAGAAAGUAUAGAUUGAAAAUGUGUUUUUGCCUUUCAAUGAAAUGGCAUCGCUUCCAAGGCAAGCAAUAUAAUCUCGUAAAAUAGCCCUAGUAUAAGCCUCACAUUUCUCUCUCUCAUAAUCCUUAUGAUGAUUAUGUUCUUCCUUUACUUUCUCUCACAGAUCCUUUACUCCUGAAAAGAUAUCCGCUACAAUGGCGCCGAAACGAGGAUCGGCCACUAAGAAAUCGAGCUCAAAAGCAGGGAACUCGCCUUCGUCAUCGACCACGACGUCGUCCAAACAGUUUCCUGAAGCUUCCGUUGACGGUCUGAGUUCACCGGCGUCGUCCGCGAGGAGUAAACCGCAGUACUUCUACUCCGAGAGUUUGGAUGCAGAGGGAUCCAAAGAGAAUGUAACUGUUACUGUCCGGUUUCGGCCGCUCAGUCCAAGAGAAAUUCGGCAAGGAGAAGAGAUUGCAUGGUAUGCAGACGGUGAAAGCAUUGUACGGAGUGAGCAUAAUCCAUCGAUUGCAUAUGCCUAUGAUCGGGUAUUUGGCCCUACAACUACAACACGUCAUGUCUAUGAUGUUGCUGCACAGCAUGUUGUUAGUGGUGCCAUGGAAGGCGUCAAUGGCACAAUUUUUGCAUAUGGCGUGACAAGCAGCGGGAAGACUCACACUAUGCACGGUGAUCAGAGGUCCCCCGGUAUUAUACCACUGGCUGUAAAGGAUGCUUUCAGUAUUAUUCAAGAGACUCCAAACCGGGAAUUCCUCCUCCGUGUCUCAUAUUUGGAAAUCUAUAAUGAGGUUGUUAAUGACUUGUUGAAUCCAGCAGGACAGAAUUUAAGAAUCAGAGAGGACGCUCAGGGAACCUUUGUUGAGGGAAUAAAGGAGGAAGUUGUUUUAUCCCCUGCUCAUGCCCUUUCCCUUAUUGCAGCCGGAGAAGAGCACAGGCACGUUGGUUCCACUAAUUUCAAUUUACUCAGCAGCAGAAGUCACACGAUAUUCACACUGACGGUAGAGAGUAGCCCUGGUGGUGAAAAUAGUGAAGGGGAGGCUGUUAACUUCUCACAACUGAACCUCAUCGAUCUGGCAGGUUCAGAGAGCUCCAAGGCUGAAACUACUGGUGUGCGCCAGAAAGAAGGAUCCUAUAUUAACAAGAGUCUGCUUACUCUUGGAACUGUUAUAUCAAAGUUAACUGAUGGAAGGGCCACUCAUGUACCAUACAGAGACUCUAAAUUGACUAGGCUUCUUCAGUCUUCAUUAAGUGGUCAUGACCGUGUAUCUCUCAUAUGCACUGUUACCCCCUCGUCAAGCAAUUCAGAAGAGACACAUAACACUUUGAAGUUUGCCCACCGUGCAAAACACAUUGAAAUUCAAGCAGCGCAAAACAAGAUCAUUGAUGAGAAAUCGCUUAUCAAGAAAUAUCAAAACGAGAUUCACUGUUUAAAAGAAGAGUUGGAACAAUUAAAGAGAGGCAUUGUUACAGUUCCUCAACUCAAAAAUAACAGAGAAGAUGAUAUUGUGCUCCUAAAACAAAAGCUAGAAGAUGGUCAUGUCAAGCUGCAAUCGAGAUUGGAACAAGAAGAAGAAGCUAAAGCUGCUUUGUUGGGCAGAAUACAAAGGCUGACAAAGCUAAUUUUGGUCUCAACAAAAGCUUCACAAUCAUCAAGAUUUCCUUACCGCCCUGGUCCUAGAAGAAGGCAUUCCUUUGGAGAAGAAGAGCUUGCAUACCUUCCACACAGAAGGCGAGACUUAAUUUUGGAUGAUGAAAACAUUGACUUGUAUGUUUCGCUUGAUGGGAAUGCUGAAACUGGAGAUGAUACUUUGAAGGAGGAUAAAAAGACCCGGAAGCAUGGAUUGCUAAAUUGGUUUAAACUAAAGAAACGAGAUAAUGGAUUGGGGGCUUUGACAAGCACUAGUGAUAAGUCAAGUGGUAUUAAGUCUAUUAGUACACCUUCAACUCCCCAAGCAGAAAGCGUCAAUUUUCAUAUGGAAUCCAGAGAUUCACAUUCCCUACUUGCUGAGAGCACACCUGUAAAUCUUUUAUCAGAGGUCGGGCAGGAUAGAGAAGUUUCGGAGGACAUCUUUUCAGGACAAGAGACCCCUUUGACUAGCAUGAAGACAACUGACCAAAUCGAUCUUCUGAGGGAACAGCAAAAGAUUUUGUCUGGAGAGGUGGCACUCCAUUCAAGUGCUCUUAAGCGGCUGUCUGAGGAGGCAGUAAGAAACCCUAAGAAGGAACAUAUUCAUGUGGAGAUAAGAAAGUUGAAUGAUGAAAUCCGAAAGAAGAAUGAACAAAUAGCUUUCCUGGAAAAGCAAAUUGCUGAUUCCAUUGUUUCUUCUCAUGAUAGAAUGGAUAAACUGGAAACAUCACAAUCUGUAGCUGAGAUAGUGGCGCAAUUGAAUGACAAGUCUUUUGAACUUGAGGUCCAAACUGCUGAUAAUCGAAUAAUUCAAGAGCAGCUCAACCAAAAGAUCUGUGAAUGCGAAGUAUUGCAAGAAACAAUUGCCUCCUUGAAACAACAGCUCUCCGAUACGCUAGAAUUAAGAAAUUCCAGCCCGGCUGUCAGUUGUUCACAGUGCUACUCUGAAACGAAAAGCAUUCAGGGAAAACUUUGUAUGCACGAAGAAAAUGUGGAAUUGAAAGAUACAAAUGAAGCAAUGCUGCUACAAGCUCAGGCAACUGAGAUAGAAGACCUCCAACAGAGAGUCACUGAACUAAAUGCAACAAAUGAGCAGCUAGAACUUCGGAACCAGAAACUGGUGGAGGAGAGUUCAUAUGCCAAAGGAUUAGCCUCGGCUGCUGCAGUUGAGUUGAAGGCAUUGUCAGAAGAAGUUGCCAAGCUGAUGAACCAGAAUGAUAGAUUAGCUGCUGAGCUAGCAGCACAAAAGAGUAACCCUACACAGCGUAGAACUAAUGUUGUGACCCGGAAUGGUCGGAGAGAUGGUAACAUCAAACGGCACGAUCAAGGUGUGUUGUCCUCAGAAAUCAAGAGAGAACUAGCCAUGAGUAGGGAAAGAGAGCUUUCAUAUGAAGCUGCUUUGGCAGAAAAGGACCAGAGAGAAGGUGAGCUACAAAAGAAGGUGGAAGAAUCAAAACAAAGAGAAGCUUAUCUUGAAAAUGAACUUGCUAAUAUGUGGGUUCUUGUGGCGAAGCUUAAAAAAUCUAAUGGAACUGAAACUGAUGUUUCUGAAUCUAGAGAAAACCAAGGAGUCGAUGGCUUUGAGAUUUGGAGUAAUUCAAUGCCAAAAUAGGGCUUUUCAAUUAUAAAAACCUGCUAUCUAUCUAGUGGAUGAGAAAGAUUGUGUUUGUUGUGCAUUCCAAGUAGUGGGGGGUUAGGUUGGGUUUGUGUAUUGUGAGGGGUUUUCCUUUUUCAGUUGAUUUCUCAACUUUAUGUACAAAUCGGGUUAUUCCUUUUGUUUGCUAUUUUACUUAAAUUAAUUUCGAUACGUUGUUAGCUUCA